UGAAGUUAUUUAUUGGCUUUACAGCUUUAUUUUCCAUAGGGUGACCAACCCUUCUGGUUUGCAAGGCACUAAGGGUUUCUUGUGUUGCAGUACUUUCAGUGUUUUUGUUGUUUUGUUUGUUUGUUUGUUUGUUUGGGCAGUACUGGAGAUUGCCUUUGCACUGAGGUAUGUCCCUAGCCCUUUUUAUUUUUCAUUUUAAGACAAGGUCUCUCUAAAUCACAAUUUCCCAGGAUAGGCUCAGAAUUUUGAUCCUCCUGCUUCAGCCUCUCACAGUGCUGGGAUAAUAGGCUUGUGCCACCACACCCAGCUGACUUUCAGUUUUAAAACAAGGACAGUAGGAAGCAAAUCAAGACCAGUUUGUUAGCCUCCUUUCUGGGCAAGAAUUUCCAAGGUUAGGAGAAUCUUAGGCAUAGAUGGCCUUUGUUCUCAACCCAGAUAAUUAACUGUGAAUGCAGUGGUCUCAGUUUUCAGUAGGAAUUCAUCUCUUUUUAAUCCCUUUCCCAGUCCCAAUUGACUAUCUUGAAGUUGAAUCUGACACCACUUGAUAGUUAUUUAAGGUCUUCAAUCAUUUAUCAGGCCAUAUGGCUUAAUAUAAAUGUGAUGCACAGAAAAAUUAUGGGGUAACUUUUGUGACACACAACCCAAGGCCCUGAUGUAACCAGCUUACUCUAGCUCUCAGGUUCUUGUUUUGGGACAAUGAAGUUUGAAGCCAACAAAACAGCAAGGAGCAAGCAGUGGGGAAUGGCCAAAUGCAUGUUUAUUAGAAAAAAGAAAAGAAAAGAGCUUCCUGCUUGUUGGGGAAGGCUAAGUCUAUUGACCUUUUAUACAGUUUUGGGGACUGGUGUAUGUGACGGAAAGCCAGGAUGCUCCUGAUUGCAUGUAGGGCUUUGAUGUCUAGACAGCAAGCUACUUCAUUUGCAUUGCAUUUCUUCCAAGGUCUCUUUCAUUUGGUUAAGAACCUGUUCUUUGUCCCUUGCAUUCCAUUAGCCCCUGAUGGUCAGUUUGCUUAAGUUAAUUAUUUGGACCCUUGGGAUGUUAACUCACUUAAGCCCUGACUUUUAGUUUACUUCAUUUCAGGUUAACUAUUUGGGACCUGUGCCCUAUCUACCUAACUUCCCCUAUUUGUUGGCUUCAUUAUGGGAGUUCUGUUGUUGAAAUUAAUUUCAUCAAUGGCAUUGAUUCACUAUAAAAAUCAUUCCUACCUAGUAGAUGUUGUAUAUGACAUUAUUAGGUGAUUUUAAAAAAUUCUGUCACUUGGUGUAAUCAUUUGCACAGAUGUUUGUAUAAGGCAGAAUUUCUAAGGCUGUUUCUCGAAGCUAUUCAGAAAACUAAGGCAAUAGGAUCACAAGCUUGAGGCCAACCUCAGCAACUGAGACACUAUUACAAAAUAAAAUUUUAAAAAGGGGCUGGUGAUAUAUGUAGCUCAGCAUUCUUUGAGUUCAAUCUCCAGUACCACAAAAACAAAACAAAAAACAGGCUUAGUAAUUUUGAAUAAUGACUAAAUGGAAGCAAUUUUUCCUUUAAGAUACCAUAAGAUUUUGCAGUUUCAUUGCCAAAGCACCAAAACAUCACAUUUAAAGAUAACCUGAAAAUAAUUAAGAAUCUGUUUCUAUUUUUGGCUGCAAAAUAAAUUCAUUCUUUAAAAAGCCUAUUUAAAACAAAGUAUGGUGGGCCAAUUAAUGCCCCCCACCUUUGCAAAGAUGUCCAGAUCCAAUCUCUAUGAAUAUGUUACUUUCUAUGGCAAAAGGAAUUUUGCAAAUGUGAUCAAGUUGAGGAUUUUUGAGAUGGGAAGAUCAUCUUGGAUUAUCCAGAUGGGCCUGGUAUGUCACACAGGUUGUUAGAGGCAGAAAAUCAGAGGAAGAGACAUCACCAUGAAAGCAGGAGAAGAAAAAGCUAUUAGUGUGAAGAACAUGGGUGACUUUAGAAGCUGUAAAAGUAAGGAAACAUUUUCUGCUAAAGCCUCCAGAAAGAACUGGCCCUCCUGACACUAAAGAGACUAAUUUUGGACUCUGACUUUAAGAAAUUCAAGAGAAUAUAUUUGUGUUGUAUUUAAGCUAUAACGAUUGCAUUAGUUUGUUACAGUGGUCAUAGGACACUAAUACAGAAACUUAUCAGGAAAGUGAAUGGCUACAUCAUGCUGCCUUUGUCAUUUAUUUCAAGUUGCUUUUAUGAGCAAAGCUUAUGUUACCUAGCAACAAUUGCUGAGUAAUAACAACCUAAUGCUAGUGUCCAGAAGGGAGAACUUGUUUACCUCUCCCCAAAUCAAAUGCCUAUAUCUUAUAUAGGCUAUAGGCUUAUAUAUAUAUAUAUAGGCUUUUAGUACCAUUCUUUAGUGUUAGACACAUUAUCACUAUCUAUGGUAAAUCAUUUUGUUUUUACCAGCUUCUAGUACUAUCCUAAAAUCCUGAACCUCUUCCAGCUUAAAUGUCUAGCUUCUUCUAAAACUACUUUUGCUGAUCCUAAGAUUAUUUUAACUAAAUAGUAGAAGACAUCUGAAAUUCAACUAUGAUCAGAAAUCCAAAUUACACAAACUUUGUUUGCUGUGCUGUUUGUAAUAAAAUAAUUCCACCGGCUCCUUUUGAGGAAACCUUCAAGAGGAUCUAUGAAUACAAGCCAUUUAAGACACACUUUUACACUCACAAAGAUAUACUGGAUAUUGGGGCAGAUAUUCUGAAUAAAGAAGAGCAAUUUCAAGAGGAUGCACUCAAAGAAAGUAUUGCAAAAGCAGAAGCUAAAGUGUGGAAUGAGGCCAGUGAAUGCCAAAAAAAAGCAGUGGAGAAAGCACUUGAAGAUGCAAAUGCCAGAUACAAAUUUCAAAUUCAGGUUUUGGAAAAAAAACAUCAAAAAGACUUACAGAGCCUGCCUCACAAGGGCAAGACAGAGGUGUUUCAAAACAUGGGUGAGGAAAUGAAGAGAGAAAACCUGGCUGCAGAACAACGCAUGGUUCAUCGAAUCCAAAGAGUUAUGAUGGAGUGCCACAGAGAGACGAUCGAGGCUGUGCAGAAAGCCAGGGAGGAAGAACAACAGAUCUCCCAGUUAGCACUCAUGGCCCAGAAAAGCAAGGUCACAGAAGAACUUCUGAAGACUGGCAUAGCAAGAAUUAAAGACCAGAAGGUGAACAUGAACCAGUUAAUAAAGGCAAAGGAACAUGAAAUGAAUGCUUACUAUGGCGUGGCUCAGAGGCAGAAGCAAGAAGAGGUACAACAGGUGCUUCAAGAAGCAGAGAAAACACACCAGGCUACUCUGGGCAAUGUGGUGGAUAAACUGGUUAAUACCCAGAGGGAGUUGCUGUCCAUAGCAAAACAACUGGGAAUCAUGGCAAACUGGAAAGAUUUUCUGGAGGAGGAAUUACAGGAAACCAGGGCAGCAUUUCAAAAAUACAUCAAUUAUACUUUUCCUAAGCUUUCACCAAGACAUGCUGAUUUUAUUCUGCCAGAAAGAAAGAAAAUGCCUUCCCAUCUAGUUACAAAGCAUGAAACAAUUCCAGAAUAGAAGUUUUCACCUGAAAUGUCUCUACCAAAGAGACAACAUUCAAAGUCUGAAUAAAUUUACUCAAAACCAUUUAUUGAUCUACAGUAUUGUGCAGAUUACUACACACAGUGUAAACAUUUUGAUGGAAAACCAAAAUACUCAAAAGCACAUUCCAGGACACAGCAAAUGCCAAAUCUAAAUAAGGAGAGAAAACUUAGAAGAAUCAAACUGGUUAGGAAGGGAAAAUGAUUCUUGGAGGGCUGGGAAUUUAGCUCAGUGGUUCUGUUGCCUGCCUUGCAAGUGCAAGGACCAGAGUUCGAUCCUUGGUACCAAAGAAAAAAAAAAAAGUAACGAUUCUUGGAGAAAGUCUAAACACCUAUCUUUAUUUAUUUCUACAUUAGAUAUUAUUAUAGUGUCUGCUGCAGUUGAAAAUAAUAAAAGUCCAUAUUCUUAGAUUGUUCCCACUGUAAAAAGGUGUACAACUUUCAGCAGAGAGAUUAUUAUUGGUGAACUGCAGUAGCAUUGUUUUUUUAAAGGAGUUUCCCUCAUAUUCAAUAAGACAAAAUUUAAAUUCUAAGAGCCCUAUAUAAAUUAAUUCAGAAAGGACUCACUUUUUUUGCCAGUUGUAAAAGAAAUUUUAUCUCUAGAAAUCAGAUGCUCUGCUUCCAGGGAUCAGGAGUCCUUUUGUGUUUAUACUCAAACCUAGGGGUGUGUGGCAUCAUUUCCUGUGGGUCAAAAUGCAGAAAACCUUUAAGAACCAAAGUGCUUUGGACCAAAACAGGUCAGCAUUUACUAAAUUAAAAUGAAAGAACACU